UAUUUUGCCAUACACACACACUAACAGAUCUUGAGUGGAACGCGCGAAGAACUCCACGAUAAACGAACACGAAUUUCUUUCUCUAAUACCCUCUUCUAAAUUUCCUUACAUUUUCAAAUUUUGGUUUGAUGGAAAAAUCGGGGAAUGAAACAGGGAAUUGUUCAUGAUUUGAUACUGCAGAGUCUUUGAGAUUUGCGCCUUUUUUUUUGAAGAUCUUCACCGAAUCAAGAUGAAUUAAAGCAAAGGCGGCUGCAAUUUAUGAUGGUUUUUUCCAGUUACAGAGAGGAGAAGAAGAAGAAGAGGUCUAUUUCUCUGUCUGCAAUGCUGCUACUAGCCUGCUACUAUCAGUUCUUGUAGUAACGUGCUAUCUACGGAGGAAAUCUCUGAAAAUCCGCCAUUUCUAUUAUAGGCUUGAGGCUUCUUACACUGGGUUUGUUUCGGGCCAGUCAUUGCUCGACUUGGUAAGUCCCACAACUUGUCUAGCAGUAGCGGAAGGAGAUUGAUGGCGUGAACGAAUUUAAAGGAAAACAGGAGUCGUUUGUGUGUGUUUUUCUGCAGCGUUUGUUUCGUUAUAUUAUCAUCGAAGAUGAAGUUCAUGAAGUUAGGAUCGAAACCGGACGCUUUUCUAGCCGAUGGAAAAACUACUCGGUAUGUUUCAUCAGAAUUGCCAACGGACGUUACCAUUUUUGUCGGCGAAGUAAAGUUUCGUGUUCAUAAGUUUCCUCUGUUGUCCAAGAGCAAUUGCCUGCAAAAACUAGUAUCAAAAGCCAAUGAGGAGAAUUCCGAAGAAAUUCAUCUGAUUGAUUUUCCUGGUGGACCUAAGGCAUUUGAAAUAUGUGCAAAGUUUUGCUAUGGAAUCACUGUUACUCUUAAUGCCUAUAAUGUUGUGGCUGCUCGUUGUGCUGCUGAAUUCCUCGAAAUGACCGAAGAUAUCGAAAAAGGAAACCUUGUAUUCAAGAUCGAGGUGUUCUUAAACUCUAGCAUCUUUCGUAGUUGGAAAGACUCCAUCAUUGUGCUCCAAACAUCCAAAUCUCUUCUUCCAUGGUCUGAAGAUUUGAACAUUGUAGGGAGAUGUAUCGAUUCGAUUGCCUCGAAAACUUCUGUGGACCCUGCAAAUAUCACAUGGUCUUACACAUAUAACAGGAAGCUAGCAGAGGUAGAUAGAAUUGUAGAUGAUGGAAUGAAGGGUCAAAAGAAAAUUGACUGUGUACCAAACGACUGGUGGGUUGAAGAUGUUUGUGAGCUAGAGAUUGAUCUGUAUAGGCGUGUUAUGAUUGCUGUGAAAUCAAAGGGAAGAAUGGACGGUUCUGUAAUUGGGGAGGCGCUUAAAACUUAUGCUGUUAGAUGGCUACCAGACACUGUUAAUGCUUUGGCCUCUGAUGCUCAUAUUAAGAGGAACAGGUCUCUCAUUGAAACAAUCAUUUGCUUAUUGCCAUCCGACAGAACCACAGGUUGCUCAUGCGGUUUCUUGCUCAAACUCAUGAAGGUUGCCAUUUUGGUUGGAGCAGAUGAUGCAUCGAGGGAAGAUUUGGUGAAGAGAAUUAGCUUGAAACUACAUGAGGCUUCAGUCAAAGAUUUAUUGAUUCUUGCACAAUUUCCUCAAAUUACAAGAUAUGAUGUUGACUUGGUUCAUAGGAUUGUGAAUCAGUAUUUUGUUCAUCAUAAGUUUAACCGAGAUUCAGACGAUAUUGAGCGGAGCGAGAAAGGAGCUGAUAAUCUUUUACUGGGGCAUGGAUCCUCAUUGAAUGUAGCUAAAUUGAUUGAUGAGUACCUUGCUGAAAUUGCAGAUGACCCAAAUCUCUUACUCGCUAGGUUCAUCGACUUGUCACAGUCGAUUCCUGAAUUUGCAAGGCCAAUACAUGAUAGAUUGUAUAAAGCAAUCGACAUUUAUCUUAAGGUUCACCCAAAUUUGACAAAAGCUGAUAAGAGGAAGAUAUGUGGUCUGAUUGAUGUCAAGAAACUUACAACGGAGGCGUCGAUGCAUGCAGCGCAGAAUGAACGGCUCCCACUUAGAGUUGUCGUUCAAGUUCUCUUCUUUGAACAGGUUAGAGUCUCAGCUGGUGUCGAAGCACAAAACAACAACUCUCGAGACUCGUCGAGUGCAAUGACGAGCAUAGACGAAGAAUGCCCCAAGGAGUUGGACAACAGUAAGUCCCUAAAACACAAUGUGGGGCACAUGACGAUAAAUGAAGACAUUCAGAAAACUCAGUUGGCUAAGAAGAGCAGCAAGAACAGUAGAAGUGGCAUGAAGUUGUUGCCUUCAAGGUCGAGGAGAAUUUUCGAUAAGUUAUGGAUCGUGGGUAAAGGUCACGGGGAAGGUCGGAGUCCCGAAAUGUCGGGGAGUUCUCAGAGUCCAACUUCAGUGGUUCCUGUGCAUAUGAAGUCUUCUGGUACGUAUGCAAGACAGAGGCGGCACUCAAUAUCUUAGAUUAUGGAUAAAAGCUGUUGCAUCCAAAAUGUAGAAGGUGCUAGGAUGUCAUAUCGGUAAUGGUUUUCUAAUCAAUUUCUUUUAUGAGGAAAAAUGGUAGAUGAGACAUUUAAAUGCCAUUUGUAGAAACUGUUAAAUCAUUGUAUUUGCGCUUUAUAUGUAAAUCUAUGUUCAUUCAAAUCUC